CCGCAGGCCACGCCCCUUUGGUACUUUCAUUCAAGAUGGUGGCUGGUUCCUUGUGACAGGCUCUCUCCCCCUCCCCAUUGCCUCCCCCCAUGCGGCGCUGCUCGGACUCCUCCUGCCCCAUCUCCAAUGGCCUGCGCUUGGAGGGCCCGGGGCCCAUGGAGCCGCCCCGGGGGCUGGCGCCGGACGAGAGCCCCGCAGCUGACGCGGGUCUGGGCGCCGGCACCGGCACCGUCAAGGUCUAUCUCCCCAACCAGCAGCGCACCGUGGUCAAUGUGCGGCCGGGAGCCACCGUCUACGAUGCCCUGGACAAAGCGCUGAAGGUGCGAGGGCUGAACCAGGACUGCUGCGCGGUGUAUCGGCGCCUGGGCGGGACGAAGCUGCCGACCGCCUGGGACACGGACAUCACCCCGCUGGAGGGGCAAGUUCUCUACGUGGAGGUGCUGGACGAGGUGCCACUCACCAUGCACAACUUUGUCCGUAAGACGUUUUUCAGCCUGGCCUUCUGCGACUUCUGCCUCAAGUUCCUCUUCCAUGGCUUCCGCUGCCAGACAUGCGGCUACAAAUUCCACCAGCACUGCAGCAGCCGCGUGCCCAGCGUGUGCGUGGCCCUGGACGCGGCCCACUGCCCGAUUUACAGCCAUGGCCCCUACCCCGACGUGCAGGGGCAGGUUUCCCCCUUGGCCCGGCCCGGCCUGGCCCCUCUAACGCCGCAACUCACCAGCUCCCACCAGCAGUGUCUUGGCCCCGACGCCUUCAGCUUCCCGGACCCCCCUGGCGGGGGGCAGCCCCUCCAACGCCACCGCUCCACCUCCACCCCCAACGUGCACAUGGUCAGCACGGCCGAGCCCGGGGACGACGCCACCCGGCAGAUCGCGGCCGUGAGCUUCUUCACAGACGCGCCAGGUCGGGGGGAAGGGUCUCCUCAAGGUCCCAGCCCCCCCCAAGAGCCUCCCGGGCGCCGUGGCGCCCCCUCCAAGUCGCCCCCUCAGCCCCCCAAGGAGCGGAAGGGGUCGGCGUCAUCGGCCGAGGACAAGAAGAGGGUGAAGGCCCUGGGCUACCGGGACUCGGGCUACCAGUGGGAGGUGCCCCCACAUGAGGUUAUCCUGCUGCGCCGGGUGGGAGCCGGCUCCUUCGGCACCGUCUACCAGGGCCGCUGGCACGGCCACGUGGCCGUCAAAAUCCUCAAGGUGACGCAGCCCACGGCCCAGCAGGUGCAAGCCUUCAAGAACGAGAUGCAGGUACUCAGGCGGACGCGUCACGUCAACGUGCUGCUGUUCAUGGGGUUCAUGACGCGGCCGAGUUUCGCCAUCAUCACCCAGUGGUGCGAGGGCAGCAGCCUGUACCGGCACCUCCACGUCUGCGAGACCCGGCUGGACGCCUCCGCCCGCACCGAGGUGGCGCUCCAGACGGCCCAGGGCAUGGACCUUCCCUAUGGGCACGUCCGCAGCCGUGACCGGAUCCUGUUCAUGGUGGGCCGGGGGUACCUGUCCCCUGACAUGAGCCGGGUGCCCAGCACCUGCCCCAAGGCCCUGAAGAGACUCAUGAUGAACUGCCUGAAAUUCAACCGAGAUGAGAGACCCCUCUUCCCCCAGAUUCUGGCCACGGUGGAGCAGCUGCAGCGCCUCCUCCCCAAGCUGGAGCGAAGCAUGUCGGAGCCCUCCCUGCACCGUGCCUCCCACCCUGACCCCCGCGGCUCCUCCCCCCCAUCACCCCUGCGCCCCCUGGCCUAGCCUGGGCAGAUGGACACCCCCGGUGCCAGGAGCUGUCGCUGCUCCGAGCCUCCCCCAGCUUGGGGACCCAGGCGUCCAGAAGCAAAUGUGGAGGAAGGGGGCAAACACUCCAAGGGGCUGGGGAGCUUCUCCCCCCACCCGAACCUCAGGGCCAGCAUCGCCCCAGAGGAACUUCCAUUGUCUGGAGAUCAAUGUGUGACACCUCCCCACCCAACCCUGCCCCAGAGGUGGCUGCAUCCCAGCAUCAGCCAAGCCGGCCAUUCUAUGCAGCCGUUUCCGGCUGCCCCGCCCCAGAGGUGGCUGCAUUAAGGGCGACCUGCGGGCUGUUAAAUCUCUGUUUUAAUAUAUCGGUCUCUGGUUGCUCGG